AAAACAGUUUGUGAGAAGGAAGUGGUGACAGAGCAGAACCGUUUGGAAAGAUUCAAGAGUGAGGGUGCAGAUGAGCAUGUUCUAAAAAAACAAGAAGAAGUCAUAGCCGAGUGUGUGAUGAUGCUUCCAGACACAUUACGCAGAUUGAGAAAAGAGUUAGAAACUCUUGAAAAAUUCUUGACAGAGGAAGUGGAGCUGAAGGAAACAAAAGAAUACGAAACGGCAUUACAGAUUGUAAACGAUGCUAAGGAAGUGAUAGCGAAAAAGGAUUAAGCAAAUUGAUAAUUUCAAAUAAUAAGUUUAAUUUUUUUCACAAGCAUUAUUUACUAACUCUUUAAUCACAUUAAUGUUAAAUAUUCUCCAAGAGACUUGCAUAAAUAAUCACAAUGCCUAAAACUAAUGAAAAAAAUUUAAAUAUAUCGCUAUUGAAAAGCAGUAUUAAAACAAUAAUUACAAAUAUCAAACUAUUAGAAAAUGUAAAAUCCACUAACGAAGAUUGUGGACAACUUGUUGAUCGAUUGAAGCAGCAAACUGAAGAAUUACUACAGAAAGUGGAAACCUCACCAUUAGAACGGUUAUCUAAGGUGUUGAAAAAGAGGAAACUAAAACGCCAUCGCAAAAAAUUUAAAUUAAAAGAAAUCAAAGCUGAAGUUAGGAGUAGAAAUAUAACCCAAGGCCUGAAGUCUAACGAAAUUUCAAAUAUUCUACAAAGCAAUGAAUAUCCUGCGACUCUUUCUUAUGGAGAACACACAUCAUCCUUAAAAAAACAUCAACAUAUUCGUUUGCUGAAACAGCAUGAUGCCCAACGCUUCCUCCGAACUUUUGAAUUGUUCAAGAUGUUACAUUUUUCACGAGGACAGAACAUAAACCAUACAAAUGAAUUUGCUGAACAACUACUUGAUUUACGGGUCUCUUGGAGCAAAAUAUUGGAAGAAAAUAAGCUGGAAUGUACACAGGAACUGCGCAUAGAAGAUCAAUGGAAUGAUAUAUUUUUUGGUUCUGCCGAACACUCGUACUACGACGGUGAUCAAAAAAUUAGUGAAUUCCUGCGAAUACGACGUAUUUGGGACAGCUAUUUGACGCGUAGUAAACAUGGAUCUUCUAUACCUAGUGGUUGGGUCCUUCCAAGUGAAAAUGCCCUUUCAGAAUGGCAGCAGUACAGAGCCAUGUGAACGUACUUAGUGAUUUGCUGCAUUUAAUUGUUUAUGUAAUACUUUUAAAAAUAAUAAAUAACACCGAACAUAA